AUGCAGUCUCAGAGCAUCUCUGGAAGAAAGCGGGGUCGGCCACCUCUCCACUCAGCACCAAUGAAAGUGGCUGUUCAGAAUCUUUACUCUACCCCAGUUGGUUCUCUCCCAGCUGCAAAGAUCCCAAAGAAAAGAGGACGGAAACCUGGAUAUAAGCUCAAGACUCAGGCUCUUAUAACUCCCCGGGCUCUUUCACCUCCAAGGAGUACCCCUGAGCCUGACCUCAGCUCCAUCCCUCAGGAUGCAGCCACCAUCCCCAGUCUGACUGUCCCACAGACUCUCACAGUCUGCCUCUACAUCAACAAACAGGCCAACGCAGGGCCCUACCUGGCACAGAGGAAGGUACAGCAGCUCCCAGAACACUUUGGGCCUGAGCGGCCAUCAGCAGUCCUGCAGCAGGCAGUGCAGGCCUGUAUUGACUGUGCCCACCAGCAGAAACUGGUCUUCUCCCUGGUCAAGCAGGGUUAUGGUGGUGAGAUGAUGUCAGUCUCUGCGAGCUUUGAUGGGAAGCAGCAUCUGCGGAGUCUCCCUGUGGUGAACAGCCUGGGCUAUGUACUCCGAUUCCUCACCAAGCUGUGCCGGAGCCUCUUGUGUGAUGACCUCUUCAGCCACCAGCCCUUUCCCAGGGGCUGUAGAGCUUCUCAACAAGCCCAGAUGGAGGAGGAAGGCAGGAUGAAAUCAGCAAAAAUCGUCUCCACCGAGGACUGUCUAGCAAGUCUCAUAAGCAUGAGCCGCUACAGCAUGGACUCGUCCAUUUCUGCCAUUAACCACAGAGGUGCACUGCCCACCACCUCCUCCGUGUACUGUAAGAGGCAGAACUCUGCAGAUGGUCCUCUCGGGGGACACUCAGCCCUCACAGCUGGUGGUCCUCACUGCAGCACCACGGUCCCCAGAGGCACCACAGCACCUGGACUGAGGCCCCCAGGCUCCAGCCCCAAAAGAAAAGGGACCUCUCUGGAUGGAAUCAGAUGUGCCUCAAGCCCUUCUUCGGACAGGCCGGAUAGCAGGCAGCUGCGAGGCCGGAACCCCUCCACCUGGACUGUAGAGGAUGUGGUAUGGUUCGUGAUGGAUGCCGACCCCCAGUCUUUGGGCCCUCAUGUGGAGCUCUUCAGAAAGCAUGAGAUCGAUGGCCAUGCUCUCCUACUGCUGAAGAGUGACAUGAUCAUGAAAUACUUGGGCCUGAAGCUGGGGCCAGCGCUGAAGCUCUGCUACCACAUUGACAAACUGAAGCAAGCCAAGUUCUGAUGGUUUCAAAAAGACAGGUGCAAAAUCCAGAAUCCAGAUUUCAAAUGAUCUUCUGCCUUAUCAAUGCCCAUUGUAAAAUACAAUCUCUUCUUAACAAU